UUCCUUCCUCCAUAGUCCGCCUUGUUUCCCUCCAUCUCUGCCUCUCUCUCAGUGCUCGGUGUUUGCGUUAAGGUGCGGAUCCGAGUCCCGCUCUUGGGGGAAUUUUGAGGAAAGUCAGACGUCACAUACACCUUUAAAGAACAGCUAACGGCAAUUUUAACUGAAACAACAUCGCCUUUGUGCAGUUGCGUUGAAGCUACAGUAAAAUGGAUCCAAUGACUCAGUCCGCCCAGAUAUCAUCGUCGCAAGGUUUUGCCGAUGGACACAAUUCUGCUGCCAAAGAAUCAAAGAUGUCUGAUUCCUUUCCUUUCUCUUCGCCUGUAUCUCUCAUUCAGUCUCCUCAAGACAAAACGGUGGCACUGGGUUCCGACAAGCCCUGUGAAGGUGUAGCGACAUCACUUCGCUUUCCGUCUCAACCAGGCUCAUUCUCCCCUGGUAAUUAUGGGAGUGAAGCGGGGCCGCCAGACGGACAACCGGAUUCACCGAUAAAGACAUCUCCUGUUUCAGAGCGCAUAAAAGCACUGGAAGCUCUCGCUGCGAAAAAGAAAGAACCUGAUUUCAGAAGCGAUGGAGGUUUCUCUCACUUCAGAGACCGCCACCAUGAGAAAUCUCCCACUGAGACCCAAAAGUCUCCUACUGAGAAAAAUACACCAAUUGUUCAGAAAAAAACAGGUUCUGCUGAUCAGGAGUCACCAGAAUCCCCAUUUGAAGUUCUUGGAGAUUUAAGACAAGGACAUGAAUUUGAAGAAACAGAGGAGUGGAUGAAGGCUCAUUUACCGCCGGUGCCGGAUUUUGAUGCUGCAGAUUUAAUUAAGGGCACCAUGCCUUCAGAAAAUGUGACACCAAAGGAGGAGAAGGAGACUGAUAUUGUUAUAGCUGAUGCUCCUGCAGCUUUUGCUGGUGUUCCUGAUGCUUUCAUGGAUUCUCCCACUGAAGCUCCAAAAGUGAAGGAUGAUCUCUCAGAAGCACAGAAACAGCCAAGUGUUGAGGAGGAAUCAGAGUUUGACCUUAGCUUUUUGCCAACAGCCUACAUGUGGGAUCAGCAGGAAAAAUCAGGUGUCCAAGCUCCAUUAAAUCUUGAUUCAGUGCUUCCAGCUUCACCUGCACCUCCUGCAGGCUUUGAUUCCCCAUCUCCUCCUGCCUCCCCACCAGUUGACACUGAUGCGAAACCGAAUGUUUUGGAUGACAAAAAGACCACUUGGCCUGGAGAUCUGGAGCCCCCAGAGACCAGUGAAGUGGACAGCUCAGGCGAAUCAGACAAUACUGUCAUUGAAGACAGUGUCACUCUUCCUGAUUCUGUCCCCCCUCCUUCCUCUGAUCCUGCAGUUUCCAAUGAUCCCACCACUACUCCUGCCUCCUCAACUCCCACACUUCCCACUGAGGAAACGGAAACCCCACCUGCAAGGACUGAAAGAAAGCUAAUGCAGGUUCCAACAAUCAAUGUCAUUGAAACCGAUGAGCCGAAUUACAGUGAUGAGGAGAUGGAAAUGGAGCUUGAAGCAGAGGAAGAUGAGGAUUAUGAGGUUGUAAAAGAUCCAACCAAAGAGCCUCCAAAAACCCCAGAACCAGAACCACAGGACAAUAAUUAUGAACCACCCAAGAAACGCCCCUUAGAAACUGAAUUCAUGGAAGGAUACUCUCCUCCAUCUUCGCCGGUAGAGUCUGAUGCUGAGUACUCUCCCAAACACGAGAUCCUUCAAUCUCAUCCUGAAAAAGUCCUUGAGGCAUCAGCAUCAAAAAUUGAGGAGUCCGAGUUUGAUGUUAAGCAAGCACAACCUGAAACAUCUCAGACCACUACCACUUCCUCUAAAUUAAACGAUCCCUCCUCUUCUAUAGUCACAAAUGAAGAAGUGGACUUCCCAGACAAUGAUGACGAGUGGUCCGAUGAAGCACAAGAAAUGCUGGUUAAACCUUGCAAGACUGAUCUUACUGCCCAGGACCCAACUCAUGACACCGACAACACAGUUGAGAAAGAGGCUCCUAUUGAAACAGUUACGCUUUCUAAAACCAGUUUCAUGCAAGAUGAUAUAUAUGACAGACAGUCAUUUGAUUAUGAUUAUGAUCCAUCUUCUCCCCUGGAUGACAUUGAUGACAAAGAGGUCAAAUCUGCUAAGGAGCAGUUUCUUUCUGAUUCCUCUCAAACCCGUAUGGAAACACUGAAUGAAGGCGUCGUUGCAGACAAGAGUCAAAAUCCGGAUGACCUUGCUUCCCUGAAUGAAGACGAAACCUUUCCCAAGCCACUUGGUCAGCAGUCUUCAAGAGAAUAUCCCCCAAACCCAUAUUCUUUCCCAAGUGAAUCAUUUGGCAGCAUCAAGGAGCCAGACUUUGACAGUAAAACGACCACUGACAUUGUUACAGAUAGCUUAACAAAUGGUAACUCACUCCCAGCGCAGAAAAUUGGCUCAAAGGUUGAGCAGGACUCUAAAGCACCUGAUACACCUAGCAGCCUAGAAAUCAUUGACCAGGAUAAUUCAGUGUCUGAGCCCACAGAUAGCUUUGUGGAUUUCAUGAGAGAGUGCCUGAAAUCGAGGGAGGCUGAACAACCUGACAAUGCACCCGAAGGUGUUCCCACUAACAUUGAGCCCAACAAAACAGGUUUUCCUCCUUCCCAGUCCCCUCCAACCAUGGUGAUGGAUCUUGAACAAGAACAGCUUACGAUCAAUGCUCUCAAAGAGCUGGGCAGCAGUCAAGAGGAGGAGGAAGAAGUGGUGAUUCUCCAGUCUAAGGUUCCUGACCAGGACAAAGCUACAUCUAUACAACAGUCUUCUGUUACCUCAGUUCCUAACGCUCCAUGUUCUCAAAGCAACCUUGUGUCAGACAGCACAUAUUCCAAAGAGGUAGAAGCCAUCGAUGAAUGGGUGGCUGAGGCCUAUCACCUCGCUGAGCAUGUCUUGACAGCAAUACUAACCCACUUAUCAGUCAAGGACCUGAUCCACUGGCGAGACCCCAAGAAGUCGGGCUUGGUGUUCGGCGUGUCCAUGCUGCUGCUGCUGUCGCUGGCGGCCUUCAGCGUCAUCAGCGUGGCCUCCUACCUGCUGCUGGCACUGCUCUGCGUCACCAUCACCUUCCGCAUCUACAAGUCGGUUGUCCAGGCCGUGCAGAAGUCCAGCGACGGACACCCCUUCAAAUCACUGAUAGAUAAGGAUGUCAGCAUCCCCCCGGAGACCUUCCGCAAGCACGUGGACAACAGUCUGACCUACAUCAACCGAGCCCUGAAGCAGAUGAGCCGCCUCUUCCUGGUUGAGGACCUCGUGGACUCCCUAAAGCUGGCUGUGGUCAUGUGGCUGUUGACCUACGUAGGAGCCGUCUUCAAUGGAAUCACCAUCCUGAUCCUGGCUAACAUCCUCCUCUUCGCUGUGCCACCGGUCUACGAGAAGAACAAGACUCAGAUUGAUCAGUACAUCGACCUGGUACGCACUCAAGUUAACACCACAAUGGCCAAGUUGCAAGAGAAACUUCCUGGAGCUGUGAAGCGCAGCAAAACUGAAUGAUCAGUUUCCCCUCCCAUUUAGAAAACUCCACAUCACCAUCAUCCUCAUCUUCAUCACCAUCUUAAACCCCCUCAUCCUUUACCCCGCCCCCGCCCCUACCCUUCUCCAGUUAACCCCUCCCUGCCCCAUGUCUAACUUCUCCCUACUCCAUCAACCAACCACCAACCCUACUACACUGAACCUUGCUAGGUAGAAAAUCUCUAAGCUACUCGAUAUUCAAUGUAAAACUACUGCGCAGCUUAACUUUGCAAAAGCAUUAGAAAAGAACUGUGCCUGUGCAGACAGGAAGUGCGUCGCUAGCGAGGAAGUGAUGUAACGCCGCAGCGGACCCUGCCCGUCUGUGGACGCGCCACAGGGGGGAAACGGAGGCAGGGUCGAGUGAACUAGACUGAAUUUAUGACCUGGUUACUUCAUGUACAGCGGGAGGGGGGGCGGGGGAGGGGGAUUCAGGGGUGAUGGCUGUUUGUGUCACAAAAAAAAAGCAAAUGUCUGUACCUUAAAAACCACACAGUAAACGGAUGGUAAACGGAUAAUUUAAGCUGGAAACGUUCAAGAAAAAGAAAAAUGUUUAAAAAAAAUGGAAUAAAAACCAACCUUUGGGGUGUCAUUGUGGCUAGUCUUAUCCUGCUCUCGCUCUACAGCUGUCGUACGGAUAGAUAUGAGUUAAUUUUUUUUAGAAGCUGGUAAUAGGUUUGCUGUUACUGAUUGGCCUGUUACUGAGUUUGUUUCCAUUAACCUUACAGGCACUUGUUUAUGUAAGUUUCUGCAAUGCACUGAACUUUUAUUUUUUAAGCCCAUGAGCAGGUUGAAAUAAAAGGAUUGGAACACUGA